CGUGGUCGCCUGCUAACGCCAUUCGGCCGUGAGGGAGAGGCGCCAGCGCGAGCCAAGCUGGAGAACCUAGAACAGGUCCUGAAGCACAUGCGAGAGGCCGCGGAACGGCGGCAGCAGCUGGAAGCGGAGCAUGAGCAGGCCCUGGCGGUCCUCAGCGCCAAGCAGCAGGAGAUCGACCUUCUGCAGAAGGCUCAGGUCGAAGCCAAGAAAGAACAUGAAGGCGCCGUGCAGCUGCUAGAGAGCAAGGUCCGGGAGCUGGAAGAGAAAUGCCGGGCCCAGAGUGAGCAGUUCAGCCUGCUGUCCCGGGACCUGGAGCAGUUCCGGCAGCACGCGGGCAAGAUCGACCUGCUGGGCGGCAGCGCGGUGGCCCCGCCGGGCGUCCCCUCGGCCCCCGGCAAGCCUUUCCCUCAGUUCAUGAACGGACUAGCCGCCUCCAUCGGCAAAGGUCAGGGCAGCGCUGUCGGAAGCGGCUCUGCGAUUGGCGAGUAUAUCCGGACCCUCCCGCUCCCCGGGGACAAGCCGGAGCCUCUGUCCGCCAAGCCCACCUUUCUGUCCAGAUCCGGCAGCCCAAGAUGCAGAUUUGAGUCCGACAUGGAGAAUGAGCGGAACUCCAAUACCUCAAAGCAGAGAUACUCGGGGAAGGUGCACCUGUGUGUCGCCCGCUACAGCUACAACCCCUUCGACGGUCCAAAUGAAAACCCGGAAGCGGAGCUGCCGCUCACGGCGGGGAAGUACCUCUACGUCUACGGAGACAUGGACGAGGACGGCUUCUAUGAAGGGGAGCUCCUGGAUGGGCAGAGGGGCUUGGUGCCCUCCAACUUCGUGGACUUUGUCCAGGACAACGAGUCGCGGCUGGCAAGCACGCUGGGGAGCGAGCAGGACCAGAACUUCAUCAACCACGCCGGCGUCGGCUUGGCAGGGGAGAACAUUCUGGACCUGCACUCGCCCACUCACGUGGACUCGGGCGUCACGGACAACGGCGCGGGGACGCUGGACCUGAACAUCGACGACGUCGGAGAAGACAUUGUGCCUUACCCUCGGAAAAUCACCCUCAUCAAGCAACUCGCCAAAAGUGUCAUUGUGGGCUGGGAGCCCCCGGCGGUGCCGCCGGGCUGGGGGGCCGUGAGCGGCUACAACGUGCUGGUGGACAAGGAGACGCGGGCCAGCCUGGCGCUGGGGAGCAGGACCAAGGCCCUCCUCGAGAAGCUGGACACGGCCGCGCGCACCUACCGCAUCUCCGUGCAGUGCGUGACGGGCAGGGGCAGCUCCGACGAGCUGCGGUGCACGCUGCUGGUGGGCAAGGACGUGGUGGUGGCGCCCGCCCACCUGCGCGUGGACGACGUCACGCAGGUCUCCGCCCGGCUCUCCUGGCUGCCCACCAACAGCAACUACAGCCACGUCAUCUUCCUCAACGAGGAGGAGCUCGACGUGGUCAAGGCCGCGCGGUACCAGUACCAGCUCUGCAACCUCAGGCCCAACGCGGCCUACAAGGUGCGCGUCCUGGCCAGGCCCCACCAGAUGCCGUGGCAGCUGCCGCUGGAGCAGAGGGAGAAGAAGGAGGCCUCCGUGGAGUUCUCCACGUUGCCCGCAGGCCCUCCAGCCCCCCCACAAGAUGUCACCAUCCAAGCUGGGGCCACCCCCGCCACCAUCCAGGUCUCCUGGAAACCACCCGCUCUGACUCCCACCGGCUUGUCCAACGGAGCCAAUGUCACCGGCUACGGCGUGUACGCAAAAGGGCAGAGGGUGGCCGAGGUCAUCUUCCCCACGGCGGACAGCGUGGCGGUGGAGCUCCUGCGGCUGCGGAGCCUGGAGGCCAAGGGUGUGACCGUGCGCACCUUCUCGGCGCAGGGCGAGUCGGUGGACUCCGGCGUCGCUGCCAUUCCCCCCGGCCUGCUGGUGUCCCCACCCCCACACCCGAGGACUGCUCCCACGCCAAAGCCACCAGCCAGUGCCGGAGCCCCCGAUACCAAAGACGAACACUUGGGUCCCCACGCCAGGAUGGAUGAGCCCUGGGAGCAUGGCCGCACACCUGCGCCUGCGCAUGGGCACACGCUGGAGCCGCCGGGACUGCCCGGCUCGGGGAGGAGGUCGCCCUCGCCCAGCCGGAUCCUGCCGCAGCCGCAGGGGGCCCCGGUGUCCACCUCCGUCGCCAAGGCCAUGGCCCGGGAAGCCGCGCAGAGAGUGGCUGAGAGCAGCAGGUUAGAGAAAAGGAGCAUCUUCCUGGAACGGAGCAGCGUGGGGCAGUACGCCCCCUCGGACGAGGAGGAUGGCUACGAGCCCCCCGACAUCAAAAGGAGAGGGGCGUCCGUGGACGACUUCCUGAGAGGGUCUGAGCUCGGCAAGCCGCCCCACUGUUGCCAUGGAGAUGACUACCACACCGAGAGCAGCCGGGGAUCAGACCUCUCCGACAUCAUGGAGGAAGACGAGGAGGAGCUCUAUUCUGAGAUGCAGCUGGAAGAUGGGGGACGGAGGCGGCCCAGUGGCACCUCCCACAACGCUCUCAAGGAGUGCUCCGAGCAUCGGACCUCCGAAGGCGCUUUCUCGGAGCAGCAGCCCCGGCACAGGAAGAGGCUUUUCAGUAUCCCCGAAGUAGCGGAGGAGGAGGCCGAGUGCUGCGAGCUGCUGCACAGGCAGGGCCUCCGGGCGUCCCCCAGGGCCCGGGCGCUGCUGCCCGGAGAGCCCAGGCGCGCCAGGCUGCGCAGGGGGGACGAGGCUCCGCCGGGCUCCCGGCUCCCAGCCUGGCACAGGGUCCCUGGGGCCGCACCCUACCUGGAGGACUGUCUCCCCGAGGACAGAGGCUGCCGGCUCAGCCGCUCGGCCGCCAGGAGCCCGGACAGUGGCCUGGACUGCGGCAGCGAGGAGGAGCUGCGGGCUGGCCUCGGGAGCGCCACGGCCGUGUGCAGCCCGGGGCGCUGGCCCUGCGCCAGGACCCCGCGGCCCGCGCUGGCCCGGCGGCGCACUCUGACCCGGCAGAGCAGCGUUGAGGAGGACUUUUGGGAGCAGGAGGACCCCGGUGCUGUCCUCAGGGGCGAAGAGAGGCCUGCCCCCAGCAAGCACGGCUGGGACGAGUCGGUGGAGCAAGAAGAGUUUCGGGGUGUCUGCAGGAAAAGCGUAGCCGGGCCUGACAGCAGGGCCGCCCAGCACGCACAGCCGGCUCCCCGCGCCUCGCGAGGCCCUGCGAUCUUAGGAAACCCGGCGUCUGCAGGACGGGCAGAUAGGGUGGAUCACGUGGGCCGGAGGUUUCCCCGCGGCAGCCCUGGUCCUCAGCGGUCCCGGCCGAUGCCUGUCCCGUCCAUUGAGAUUACAGUGGACAGUAGCAGUGGAGGCUGUUGGUCUCGGUCAGGUAGUGAGGGCCACAUUCCUCCUGUAGAAGACGGUGCUUGUUCUCGCAGCACCUGUGGACUCAGGAGCCGGCCCAGGCGGCGAGUCAGGAGCCCUGACCUCCCUGCCCUCCCACACGAUGAGUACUCGGGGCGAGACCGCCUCUCCCCGGACUUCUACGAAGAGUCAGAAACCGACCCUGGCGCCGAGGAGCUCCAGGCCCGCAUCUUCGUGGCUCUCUUCGACUACGACCCACUCACCAUGUCCCCGAACCCAGACGCUGCCGAGGAGGAGCUUCCCUUCAAAGAGGGGCAGAUCAUCAAGGUUUAUGGCGAUAAGGACGCUGACGGGUUCUACCGCGGGGAGACCUGUGCCCGGCUCGGCCUCAUUCCUUGCAACAUGGUCUCUGAGAUCCAGGCGGAUGAUGAGGAGAUGAUGGAUCAGCUUUUUAGACAAGGCUUCCUCCCUCUGAACACGCCUGUGGAGAAGAUAGAAAGAAGCAGGAGGAGUGGCAGGCAUCAUGCGGUGUCGACACGGAGAAUGGUGGCUCUGUAUGACUAUGACCCGAGAGAAAGCUCGCCCAACGUGGACGUGGAGGCUGAACUUACAUUUUGCACGGGAGAUAUUAUUACUGUUUUUGGUGAAAUUGAUGAAGAUGGAUUUUAUUAUGGGGAGCUGAAUGGGCAGAAAGGCCUUGUACCUUCAAACUUCCUGGAAGAAGUGCCUGCUGACGUGGAGGUCUACCUUUCUGACGCUCCGUCCCACCACUCUCAGGAAGCACCAGUGCGCUCCAAGGCAAAAAGGAAGAAGAGUGUUCAUUUCACACCUUAAUCAGGCAAUGUAGCCUUCACGUAAGUGAGCAACUGAAGUUACCUAUAAAGAUACCAACUUAAGCUACCUUAAAUGGACCAAUGCGGUAGACUUAAGGCUUCACUGUGGGGUUAAAAAAAGAAAAGAAAUAUGUCUCAAAAAAUUAUUGAACCUAAAGUAUUAGGAUAUUACUUGGUCUCAGUUGUAAAGCAACUGAAUUUACAGUGAAACAAAUCAUCUUUAAAAAUAAUUUCCUACUAUUUACAUUAAGACUAUUUGAAAAGCCAACAUUGGGAACAUAUUUCUUAAGAAGCUAAUUGUUUGUUUACAUAGAGUAUUCCAAUGUCUACUCAUAAUUAAAGCUGCAUAUUGCAUUGUUAGCCACUCUUGGAAAAAGCACAACCUAACAAAUAUGUUUACUAUAGGAAGUUUUACAUAAUUUAAGAUCAAGCACAUGAGCAGUUAACAAAGGUGAUCUAGUGUUGGCUCUGAACCCUGUGACCAUGCCUCCACCUUAUGAGAGCGCUAUGCUGCUCCUCAAAGCACAACCGUUCUGGAACAUGCAGAAGUUGGUGACAGAUGAAUUUGUUGGUAUACCAAUGCAAUACUAAGUUUUAUGAAACAUGCAGCUCAAAUGAUUGCAUUAGACGGAAUAGCUGGUAUCUUCAGGUGUACUUUGGGAUGCUUUCCUAGGUGUUUUCCAUUAGAAUUAGACCUUGAUUUUAAAUCCAAGCAAGCUUGAAGCCCCUUGGCUUAUAUCAUUUGCCUGCUGAAUAAUGAACACUCAUAUUAGCAAGCGGUUUGCUCUGGAGAGGCUAGGGAACUAGAGCAAUGACAGUAUGAUAUAAGUUUAGGCAUGUAUUCAACUGCAAAAAUUAAGUGAGGUAAAGUCAUACAACAUAAGAAAAUUCUACCCCUUUGAAGCACUGUUGGUAAUAUUUCAAUAUACUGUAAGUGCUUAAUCAUGUUCAAUGAUUUGGAAAUAACAAAAGCAUCCAAUAAGGGCCUUUAAGCUUUCUUUGAUUGUAAUUAAGGUUCAUUUUAGUUUUUUUUUUCUUUCAACCAGUGUGCCAUCUCCAAUAUUUCUAUAAUAUACUAACCCAAGAAUGCACUUUACAAUAUCAGGAUUUUAUAUAACCAAAUAGUUUUCAAAUACAGUGAAAUUCCCGUUAAGAUUACUGAUGGGUACUCGGCCAACUUUACUAUCAACCUCGUUUAAAAUAACUUUUUUCCAACCCUGCUUUUGGUCUUAACUUAUAAAUUACUACCUUUGUUUUGCCAAAUCAAUGGCCUCCCCCUCCCCCAAGACAAAGAAACUGAAAGCCAAACGUUUACGGCUGGACACUCUCUCUGACAUGCUUUGGGAGAGGGUGUUUGCUUCUCAUGGCAUACUUUAAAAAUUGAAAGAAGAAAUGAACCACCCCCUUUUUCUUUCCUGGUGGGAAUCGGGGCGGUACGAUGUUACCAAGUGAAUUGCUGCUGUUGGCGCUCACGCACUCAAUAAACUGUCACAAUGUACCUACUAGGUUCCUCCUGAGGGUUCAGGGACAGCAAGGAGAGCUCCAUCCCCCACAGUCCAUCUCCAUUCGGGGUCACCUCCGUCAUCUAUGGGUUCUG